AUGUGGCUUCUCAAUACCACCACCUACGAACUGCGCAUGUUCAUCGUCGGCAGUACUGUGCCCUCCUACGCUAUCCUCUCACACACUUGGGGAUCCGACGAGGUGACAUUUCAAGACAUCCAAACCCUGCCCCUGGCAUCCAAGAAAGCCGGCUUCACCAAGAUCCAAGGAUGCUGCACCCAAGCCCUGCGUCACAACAUUGAAUGGGCCUGGAUCGAUUCCUGCUGCAUAGACAAGACCUCCUCCGCAGAGUUGUCCGAGGCCAUCAACUCCAUGUACUCUUACUACCUCCUCUCCCGCGUCUGCUUCGUCUACCUAGCCGAUGUACCGCCGCUAUCCUCCUCCCCUCCCAUGGACCGGCUCCCAUCACUCGCUUCCUCAAAGUGGUUCACUCGCGGCUGGACACUCCAGGAACUCAUUGCACCCCGGAGAUCAAUCUUCUACACCUCGGACUGGUCCCGUCUCGGGACCAAGGGCGUGCACACCGACGAACGCCCCUUUAUCCAGGCCCUCUCCUCCAUCACAGGAAUCUUUGAGUCCGUCCUCGCCAAAACCCGCCAGCCGCGCGACUACUCCGUCGCAGAACGCAUGUCCUGGGCAGCAAACCGCCAGACCACCCGCGCAGAAGACCUAGCCUACUGCCUCAUGGGCCUCUUCGGCGUCAACUUCCCCGUGUUAUACGGCGAAGGGCUCAAGCACGCAUUUCAACGCCUCCAACACGAGAUCAUACGGACAUCUCCCGACGAGACAAUCUUUGCGUGGAGGGCAGAUGCGCAGCAGCUGCUCGUGGACCCGUACACGGGCGAACGCCAAUCCAGGACCGUUACGUCGUCGGGCGUGCUCGCCGACUCGCCCGCCGACUUUGCCCACUCGCACGACGUUCACCAGCGCGCCCUUCUCCCGCCGUCUCCGUUUCGGGAGUUCAGCAUGACGAACAUGGGCCUCUCCAUCACGGCCAACCUCGUGCGCUUAACGCCUACUAUCAGCGGUGGGCCCCGCGGUAGUCCCGCGCCGCAGUCCAUGUUCGUGAUUCCCAUCGGUGCGAGUGGCCGGCCGAACGAUACCUCGCCGCGUACCCGGGUGGGGCUGUACCUAGAACCCGUGCUCGUGGCGGCGAGUCGCGCCGGCCACAAGACCUCAUACUUUCGCCGUGUAGUAUGCGAUAAGUUUUGUUUCGCGUCGACGGGCGAGUUCCCGCCAGGCGAGCUUGCCAACAUUUACAUCCUCGAAGACGAUCAGUUCGCCGAGAUGCAGUUCGCGGAUAGACCUUCCACCUCGAGACCGGGCUCGGCGUCGGGAUCUGGCUCGGAUGGGGGAGGGAACUGGUCGCCGUCGAUUGGAGCUAGGUUAUCGCUUUCUCCCAGUCCGUCUCCGAGACCCUCGCCUAGGGCAUCGCCACUGCCACGCAUGGAUUUGUGA